ACAGAAUGAUGGCAAGAAUACAGACAACUUUAAUUGGCCUCCUUCUCCCCUGUCUCCUUCAGGAUUCUUUAAGUAGACAUGGUGAGACACAUCUGAGUUUGAAAAUGUAUUGCGUCAGGGUUUUUUCACAGCAUAGAGAGAUAUUGUACUACUGGAUAAUAGCAAUAUAAUACAAUAUAUCAAUUUCUAUGUGUCGUUUAAAUGGUUAUGGACAGUCAUUGAACACUAAUGUGUUUUGUUUGUCAGUCCCUCAUGAAGGUGGCCAUGCUUUGCAACCUCGCACCCAGAGAGACUUAAAGAAUGUAGAUCCCACUGUGGUCUUACAGGGGCCAGGAAGUCAUGUAAUAGAUGUAGACGCAAUCCUCCGGAAGCACAAUGUAAGUGUAAUCGGUGUGAAAUGGCUAGCAAGUUAACGGUGCACACUAGUAAUAUUUCAAUUGGUGAUGUCAUUCGCACUGAGACCUUGAUUUUUGUUUGUUUUUUUGGAGCGAUAGGUAACGAUACCACAUGAGAAGGCAGUUGUUAAUGUUUUCAGGAGGUCCCUGGUUCAAGCCCAGGUUGGGGCGAGGAGAGGGAAGGAAGCAACACUGUUACAUAAGAGCCUUAUGCAUUCUGCCUCCAAAAUACACAAAUAUUUUUUAACCAUGCUUGGUCCCUCUCUUGUAGCAUAUGACAGUUGUUUGUCCAUACAGUUUUGUCUGGUUUCCACUUGGUGGAUAAUACUGUUCAAAUGUGAUUAGUUUAGAAUUUGGGUGUUAGAAUAAUGUUCUGUUUUUCCUCUUAUUUUUCAUACCUUCAGAUCACUCUACCAAAUGGCUCCCUUGGUCAGGUAAGAACUUUACGAACUUUGCCUUUGCAACACAAAUAACUAAGUUGAUUACACAACGAGUUUUACUUAAAAUACUGUGUUGGCUUAAAAUACAUGUCUUCGGCAAGUUGUAUUUUAGUUUAUAAUCUGAUGCAUUACAACAGAUAUAGCAAAAAAGCAAGUGGAUUUGUUCUCCCCAUUAGUGAGAUUGUUGUACCUGUUUAUAUGGUCUGUGGUUAGUCAAGGACGUAUAUUUAAAAGAACCUGUCUGGUUCAUUAAUUGGAUCAUGAAUGAAACUAGAAAGGAGUCAAACAUUCAUAUACUCAAACAAAAGAACAACUUUACAACAUUCAUGUCAAUAUCAAAAUAAUUUACAGAGUUGAGCAAAAGUUGAUAUUAUAGUUCAUCCAACUUAAAAUGUAUAGUUCAGCUGAUGAUACAUUUUCAUAUUUAAGUUAAACAACACAUUUAAACAACACAUUUUCCUAACUCAGGAAUGUACCGGUAACCAUAGCCGCAGGAAGUAGGGGUGCUGAGGGUGCUGCAGCACCCCCUGAAAAAUCAGAAUAAAAACAAAAGAUUAAUAAAAACAAUAUGUAUUUUUGAAACAAUUUUUUUCUCCACUAAAGUAGUGCACUGGGCCUUUACCAGUCCUGUAUUUAGCGGACUGAUAUAGUCGUCUGCAGUGCGGGCAAAAUUAUUUUUUCACAAAAGUAAUGCACUGGGCCUUUACUAGUCCUGUAUUAGCAGACCGAUAUAGCCUUCUGUAGCGCAAUAAAAAAUUCAGCCCCCCCUGCUGGGCAGGCGAUUAUUUUGGCUUCCAUGGCAAUGCCCCCAUAGGAUGACAAUGCCCCCAUCCACAGGGAAUGAGUGGUCACUGAAUGGUUUGAUGAACAUGAAAACAAUGUAAACCAUAUGCCAUGGCCAUCUUAGUCACCAGAGCUCAAUCCAACUGAACACUUAUGGGAGAUUCUGGAGCGGCGCCUGAGACAGCAUUUUCCACCACCGUCAACAAAACACAAAAUUAUGGAAGCUGCUCUGGCUCGUGGUGGCCCAACGCCCUAUUAAGACACUUUAUGUUGGUGUUUCCUUUAUUUUGGCAGUUACCUGUAUGUUAGUAAAACAUUCCUGCCCCAAAGUUGAGCAAACUAGAAAUGGUGUGGCAGCUGGUUGCCUUAAUUUUUUUUAAAUGUUGAGUCAACUUACAUUUUUCUUUACAGUGCACUGUUGUGAACAGCUGUGAGGGUGAGUACCUUGCUUUUGCAAACACUUCUUCAUGUAAAAUCUAUUUUUAUACUUGUAUCAUAAGAUGCUGUGAUGUGACAAAUGAUUAUAUUGAACCUAUGUUAUUUUAACACAACUGUGUUCUCAGGUCUGAAAGAGCAACUGGAGCACACAGACAGACAAUUGCAGGAGAAAACCAGCCACACCAUUCAACUGGGUGAGCUGUUGUAUUGCUGCUGGUCAUACAUGUCGCUGACAGCGCGGUCACCCUUUUUCUAGCUCCUAGCCAACUUUGCAGUAUUUUGUAUUUUUUGGUAUUAUUACUUACAUUAUUUGCUCAGAACGUUUCUAGUAUUAUUAUUUCGGACUCUGACAUUGCUCGUUCUAAUAUGUCUUAGUUGUGUAUUGUUAUUGUAUUGCUUGAUAUUGCUGCAUUGUUGGAGCUAGAAACUUAAGCAUUUCGCUGAGGCAUAAGCGACAUAAGCGACCCCAAAAAACAUUUAUUAAAAAAUGUUUAGCAACUAGUCAGGGUCUCAAUUUACUUGUAAUGUCAAUCACUGACAGUCACUCAAUUACCCAUGUCAGCUAACAAUUUUUAGAUUUAUAAGUUAGUCUAGCCAGCUAUCUAAACUUGUAGUGAUCAUGGCCGAAUACCGACCGGGCAUGCUGGGCACGUGCCCAGAGGUCCUGACCUUCAGAGGGCCCCCAUUGAUUUUUUUUGUCACUCUCACUCAGAUAUCAUUAACAUGGCAUAAAGAUGUCAUGGCAAAAUGUGUAGAAUUGCAGGUAAUUAACUUUAAAACGCAAAUAUGUUUUAUCUCUGCCGUCAAGGGGGGUCCACUUAGGGCCCCCAAAAGGCUAGAGCCAGCCAUGAUUUCGCUGCAUCUGCGAUAAUAUCUGCAAAACUGUGUAUGCGACCAAUAGUCUUUAAUUUAACUCAGCAUCUAAGACCAAAUAUUCAAUGUCCAGUGUGGCAACCAAUUAAAUGUCUCUAAAACUCUUUAUUAUUCCUUUUAGAACAGGAAGUGUUUAGACUGAAGUUCACAGUGAGACAGUUGAGACUGAAGUCGACAUCCUGCGGUCUGGAAACAUCAAAUCAAAUUGCCAGUAAGUAUUACCUCACCACUACAACUCUUAUAUUUUAAUCAUAAGGGGGGAUAUGUCAAACAACUUCUUAUAGAACAACUGUACUAUGGUAAAAUACGGGUAAUGCUUGAAACAAUAUAAUAUAUCUAACAGAACUGCAAGCUCAGUUGGAGGAUAAGAUGAGUCUACUGGAACAGAUGUCGAAUGACAAUGGAAACCUGGGUGAGUGGAGCUGACUUGAUUGGUAUUGCCAUAAAUGAUAGAUUACAGGUAGAAACCCUGUCACUCAUAUUUAUUUAAUUUUCUUAUUUUUCUCAUUACAGUUCUGAGGAUCACAGCUCUUACCUAUGAAGUGAACGAACUACAGAAGAAGGACACAAACACCUCAACUUCCACCAAGAUCACUGGUAAGAAUGUUGUUUAUUAUACCUUCUCUCCAUGACCAUAACCAUGUUUCCAAAAAUUACAUAGACACUCUUCAACUCCACUCUGUUCAACAUUUGUUACAAUGUAUAAUUUGCUGCAGUGAGUUAUCCCCACAUAAUCUAAAGUGCUAUGAAACCUAGUGAAAAAAAAGCCAAUUUCAAUGUGGUCUAUCAAAUCAAGGUAAUGAUUUUUGUACUGUUCUAAACUGUGUUAAAAUAACAAUGUUAACAACUACCUUACUGGUUCUUUAUGAAGGAUGUUUAUUUGUCUUUUAGACCUACUGAGCCAGCUGGAGGAAAAGAACAAACAAUUGCAGUUUAAAACAGAACAACUUGAAAAGAACAGUCGCAGCGCUCAACGUAGUAAGAGAAGAAACCUGUUAUUUCAGUGUUCAUGUUACUGUUCAGUAGUGGUGAAUGGUUCAGAAUCAUGGAAUCAUUUUCAGUCCAGUUUCUCACAAAAAAUGCAGGAUAGCAAAAUGCAGUUAUCUUCAGUUUUGUACUUUUUAAGCAUGCAUGUGUAAUUUCACGUGACAAUGAUGUUUGUUAUUUUUUAGUUCUUGAGAUCAUUGAACUGCAGACCCAGAUCUGGGAGGUAGAGAAAACAAAACACAGUCAGGAGACUUUAACCCAAAUCACUGGUACAGUAUAAUCUAAACUACUCAAGAUUUAUAAAUGUUAUAAAUGUUCAGUUUUGUAUUUUUCCAAUACACUGCAUCCCUUUACCAUAGAAUACUUUCCUUCUUCCUUUUCCAAAAGCCUGGUGCCUGCAAAUGUUGUAUUUAUCAAUAAUUGUACUAUUGUUGUGUCCAGUUCUACAGAGACAACUGGAGGCCAAAAUCAAUGAACUAGAGGGCAACUCCAAAGGGAGUGAUGACUCCAAAAUAGGUCAGUUUGUUUGGGUUGGAUUACUGAAACUGAUUCACCUGAAAAUAAACAUUUGCACGGCAAACAGACACCUACUCACACAAGAUAGCACACAUACUGAGAAUAUCAUUGGAGAAUGUCUUCCAGAAUACAUAGCCAAGUUGUCUCUCUUGGCUUUUCAGUGGUGAUGAUGAUCACAUUGGAGAGUGAGGUUACAGAGCUACAGAGAAGGAUCUCAGAGCUCACAGAGGAAUCCAAAACUAAAAUGACAGGUGACUAAAUAGUUAUUUUAUAGACAGAAUUACCCCCCCCCCCCCCCCCCCCCCCCCCGAACAAGCUAAAUUGCUUUUAUAAAUUAGAUCUACAGAGGCAACUGAAGGAGAUGAACCAGCAACUUAUAAACAAGAUAUUACAACUGCCUGACAACAACACUAACACUGAACUAAGUAAGUGGACAAGUCUCUCUACACAAUGAGAUAUGCUGCAGUACGAUCUAGUGUCUCUGCAUGUCCUACAAACUGCUCUGUUAUUGAUUAUUUCAGCUGAGGAGAUUCUGGCGUUGCAGAAUGCAAUAAAUAACCUAUACAUACAAAUAUCAAACCUACAAAAGAAGACCGAUGCCCAACAUGCAGGUACAUGCCAAUCUUACUUGUAAUUGUUCAUGGUUUCACCACUGACUGUGAACUCUUUUGCACUAAAUGUUGCAUGAUUGGAAGAAUGUCAAAAGCAUUGUGUGUUUUUCUUUUUAGAGCUGCAGAAGAAUUUGAACAACAAGGAAAAACAACAAGAAGCCUGGAAGGAACAACUGAAGGGGGAGGAUGAGGCUAGCAUGCAGCUGAGUGAGUGAAGCAUCAAAAUGUGAUAUUUGUGAUCAUAUCAAACUAUCCAGAUAAUACAAUAGUUAUUUAGAACAAUUUAUGAAAUUUGAUUUGAAGAAGGGAUACAGACUAAAAUAAUCCCAGCCUGUUACUUUUCUCAUUUUCUUUCUCUCUGUCCAGUUAUGAAGAUAAUUUCUAUAAUGAGGGAGCAGAGAGACUUACAGAUACAAACCACACAGGAGAUGCAGACAACAUCCUCCCAGAUCACUGGUGAGAUCUUUAUUGUCAUUAUCUCCAAUGUUCCUGUGAAUGCACCCUCCUGUGAAUGAAAAAUGUAUGCACUCACUAACUGUAAGUCGCUCUGGAUAGGAGCGUCUGCUAAAUUACUAAAAUGUAAAAUGUAAAAUGUAAUGCACCCUCCUGUGAAUGCAACCUCAUUGGUUUGUGUGUAGUAUGAUGCUCUAAUAUCUAUCAAAAUGAACUGUUUGAACUCUAGCACUUCUGCAACAAGUUCAGGACAAAGAGGAUGAGAUUACCAGAGUUCAGGCUGAAAACAAAGGUAAAGACCACAUCCUCUGUUCCUGUCUUGUUUACCACCAGCCAUGUUUAAUGACAGGCCUAGAACGCUAGGCUGCUCUAAUCGUUACUUUACAUGUAAAACCCACAGUGUUCUACAUUUCAUAUUUUAUUUGAUUGUUGUGUUCAUUUGACAAGAAUGUCUGAAAGAUUACGCUCCUUCCUUUUAAAACAGACCUGCAGAAACAGCUGAAGGAGAAUAAUGCAACGUGUUUCAGUCUCGAGAACAAAUAUGACCGUGAGACUAUGUCUUCUUCCUAUCACUAAAGCCAUAACAUUCUACCUGGAAAUAUGUUUCAUUUACCAUGUCCUCAACAUUUAACAUUUAAAAUAAACUAGUUCUCAUACAUUGUGAUGACAUUCUGAGAUGUUGAAACUCCCUUUAUGAUCCUUUGCCUGUUUUGUGUUUGCCUCUCACAGGGGUGAAGGGUGAAUUAGAGGACAAGAUAAACUUACUUAACAGUCAAAAUUCAGGCAACUCCAAACUGGGUGAGUGAGGCCAGUUGGACAGUUUCUUCUAAUAUACAAUAUGUACAAUGUGUUUUCUACAUAGAGAACAGUUGACAGUAGCUUACUGUACAGUAAUAGUAUAUCCUUUUGGUUCUAACAGUUCUAAGUAUUGUGGCUCUGAAUGAUGAAGUGAAGUGGCUGAGGACUCAAAUCAUGUCUCCAGAGGCAGCUGGCAAGAUCGAUGGUGAGUGUCACUGCCAGUGCUUUCCCCUCAUUAUUCCAUGCUCUGCAGAAGGGUUGUUCUGUAAAGAAAAACUGACAUGGUUUAAUUUGUUAUAUUUUAACUGUGUCUGUCUCUCAGAGCUGCAGAAGCAACUGGAGCAGAAGAACCGAGAAUUAAAAACGAAGAGCAACGAACUGCAGGAAAAAAGUUCCAACGGACAAAGGAGUGAGUUUUCCACUGAUUUAACCCAUCCUGAGAGAUCACAUGUAAUGCAAUGCAAUUAUAAUAAAGAAUACACUGUUGAAUUACAAAUUCGACAAAUUCGACAUUUUAGGUUAAUUCGAUCGAGUCAGGUUGUUUAAAAUGUUGUUGUCCUUUUUCAGUUCUGAGAAUAAUUGAGGUGCAGAAUCUGAUAUGGGAGUUCCAGAAAGGAGUGGCUACUCAGAGCAACAUUGACCAGAUUGCAGGUGAGUGAAAGAAGCAUUUCAUUGAUUACAAGGUCAUUUUAGAGAAAUACUUUGAUUAUUUGAGUGUAAAACUACCUAUGAGACAUACAUUAUUCAACUACAUCUGUAACUCUGUUGUGCAUCUUUUGCACAGUGCUACAGAAAGAGCUGAAUGACCUGACUGCUGAAAUGGAGGACAAGGCCGAUGACGGCUCAAAACUGGGUGAGUUUAUGACAAUAGGAUGGACAGGAAAGCUGAAUAUCCCACUGGGCACAAACUGAUUAAUUCAACGUUGUUUCAAUGUCAUUUGUUAAUUUAUUGUGACCUGGAAUCAUAGCCGCAGGAAGUAGGGGUGCUGAGGGUGCUACAGCACCCCCUGAAAAUUAAUAAUGAUACAAAUAUAUAUAUACAGUAUAUACCAGUCAAAAGUUUUGACACACCUACUCAUUCAAGGGUUUUUCUUUAUUUUUUAAAUAAUUUUUAACAUUGUAGAAUAAUAGUGAAGACAUGAAAACUAUAAAAUAACACAUAUGGAAUCAUGUAGUAACCAAAAAAGUGUUAAACAAAUCAAAAUAUAUUUUAUAUUUGAGAUUCUUCAAACAUCCACCCUUUGCCUUGAUGACAGCUUUGCACACUCUUGGCAUUCUCUCAACCAGCUUCAUGAGGUAGUCACCUGGAAUGCAUUUCAAUUAACAGUUGUGCCUUCUUAAAAGUUAAUUUGUGGAAUUUCUUUCCUUCUUAAUGCAUUUGAGGCAAUCAGUUUUGUUGUGACAAGGUAGCCCUAUUUGGUAAAAGACCAAGUCCAUAUUAUGCCAAGAACAGCUCAAAUAAGCAAAGACAAAUAACAGUCCAUCAUUACUUUAAGACAUGAAGGUCAGUCAAUACCGAACAUUUCAAGAACUUUGAAAAUGUCUUUAAGUGCAGUCGCAAAUGCCAUCAAGCGCUAUGAUGAAACUGGCUCUCAUGAGGACCGCCACAGGAAAGGAAGACCCAGAGUUACCUCUGCUGCAGAGGAUAAGUUCAUUAGAGUUACCAGCCUCAGAAAUUGCAGCCCAAAUAAAUGCUUCACAGAGUUCAAGUCACAGACACAGCUCAACAUCAACUGUUCAGAGGGGACUGUGUGAAUUAGGCCUUCAUGGUUGAAUUGCUGCAAAGAAACCACUACUAAAGGACACCAAUAAGAAGAAGAGACCUGCUUGGGCCAAGAAACACGAGCAAUGGACAUUAGAACGGUGGAAAUUUGUCCUUUGGUCUGGAGUCCAAAUUUGACAUUUUUGGUUCCAACCGCCGUGUCUUUUUGAUACGUGGUGUUGGUGAACGGAUGAUCUCCGCAUGUAUAAUUCCCACCGUAAAGCAUGGAGGAGGAGGUGUUAUGGUGUGGGGGUGCUUUGCUGGUAACACUGCCUUUGAUUUAUUUAGAAUUCAAUUUAACACUUAACCAGCAUGGCUACCACAGAAUUCUGCAGCGAUACGCCAUCCCAUCUGGUUUGGGCUUAGUGGGACUAUAAUUUGUUUCUCAACAGGACAAUGACCCAACACACCUCCAGCCUGUGUAAGGGCUAUUUUACCAAGAAGGAGAGUGAUGGAGUGCUGCAUCAGAUGACCUGGCCUUCACAAUCCCCCGACCUCAACCCAGUUGGGAUGGUUUGGGAUGAGUCGGACAGCAGAGUGAAGGAGUUCCAACAAGUGCUCAGCAUAUGUGGGAACUCCUUCAAGAUUGGACUGGAUUUGGAGUCACCCUCAAAAUUAAAGUGGAAAACCACACUACAGGCUGAUCCAACUUUGAUGUAAUGUCCUUAAAACAAGUCAAAAUGAGGCUCAGUAGUGUGUGUGGCCUCCAUGUGCCUGUAUGACCUCCCUACAACGCCUGGGCAUGCUCCUGAUGAGGUGGCGGAUGGUCUCCUGAGGGAUCUCCUCCCAGACCUGGACUAAAGCAUCCGCCAACUCCUGGACAGUUUGUGGUGCAACGUGGCAUUGGUGGAUGGAGCGAGACAUGAUGUCCCAGAUGUGCUCAAUUGGAUUCAGGUCUGGGGAACGGGCGGGCCAGUCCAUAGCAUCAAUGCCUUUCUCUUGCAGGAACUGCUGACACACUCCAGCCACAUGAGGUCUAGCAUUGUCUUGCAUUAGGAGGAACCCAGGGCCAACCGCACCAUCAUAUGGUCUCACAAGGGGUCUGAGGAUCUCAUCUCGGUACCUAAUGGCAGUCAGGCUACCUCUGGCGAGCACAUGGAGGGCUGUGCGGCCCCCCCAAAGAAAUGCCACCCCACACCAUGACUGACCCACCGCCAAACCGGUCAUGCUGGAGGAUGUUGCAGGCAGCAGAACGUUCUCCACGGCGUCUCCAGACUCUGUCACGUCUGUCACGUGCUCAGUGUGAACCUGCUUUCAUCUGUGAAGAGCACAGGGCGCCAGUGGCGAAUUUGCCAAUCUUGGUGUUCUCUGGCAAAUGCCAAACGUCCUGCACGGUGUUGGGCUGUAAAACUACCCCCACCUGUGGACGUCGGGCCCUCAUACCACCCUCAUGUAGUCUGUUUCUGACCGUUUGAGCAGACACAUGCACAUUUGUGGCCUGCUGGAGGUCAUUUUGCAGGGCUCUGGCAGUGCUCCUCCUGCUCCUCCUUGCACAAAGGCGGAGGUAGCGGUCCUGCUGCUGGGUUGUUGCCCUCCUACGGCCUCCUCCACGUCUCCUUAUGUACUGGCCUGUCCCCUGGUAGCGCCUCCAUGCUCUGGACACUACGCUGACAGACACAGCAAACCUUCUUGCCACAGCUCGCAUUGAUGUGCCAUCCUGGAUGAGCUGCACUACCUGAGCCACUUGUGUUGGUUGUAGACUCCGUCUCAUGCUACCACUAGAGUGAAAGCACCACCAGCAUUCAAAAGUGACCAAAACAUCAGCCAGGAAGCAUAGGAACUGAGAAGUGGUCUGUGGUCACCACCUGCAAAACCAGUCCUUUAUUGGGAGUGUCUUGCUAAUUGCUUAUAAUUUCCACCUGUUGUCUAUUCCAUUUGCACAACAGCAUGUGACAUUUAUUGUCAAUCAGUGUUGCUUCCUAAGUGGACAGUUUGAUUUCACAGAAGUGUGAUUGACUUGGAGUUACAUUGUGUUGUUUAAGUGUUACCUAUAUUUUUUUUAGCAGUGUACAGUUGGGAAAAAAAGUAUUUAGUCAGCCACCAAUUGUGCAAGUUCUCCCACUUAAAAAGAUGAGAGAGGCCUGUAAUUUUCAUCAUAGGUACACGUCAACUAUGACAGACACAUUCAUGAAAAAAAAUCCAGAAAAUCACAUUGUAGGAUUUUGAAUGAAUUUAUUUGCAAAUUAUGGUGGAAAAUAAGUAUUUGGUCACCUACAAACAAGCAAGAUUUCUGGCUCUCACAGACCUGUAACUUCUUCUUUAAGAGGCUCCUCUGUCCUCCACUCGUUACCUGUAUUAAUGGCACCUGUUUGAACUUGUUAUCAGUAUAAAAGACACCUAUCCACAACCUCAAACAGUCACACUCCAAACUCCACUAUGGCCAAGACCAAACAGCUGUCAAAGGACGCCAGAAACAAAAUUGUAGACCUGCACCAGGCUGGGAAGACUGAAUCUGCAAUAGGUAAGCAGCUUGGUUUGAAGAAAUCAGCUGUGGGAGCAAUUAUUAGGAAAUGGAAGACAUACAAGACCACUGAUAAUCUCCCUAGAUCUGGGGCUCCACGCAAGAUCUCACCCCGUGGGGUCAAAAUGAUCACAAGAACGGUGAGCAAAAAUCUCAGAACCACACGGGGGGACCUAGUGAAUGACCUGCAGAGAGCUGGGACCAAAGUAACAAAGCCUACCAUCAGUAACACACUACGCCGCCAGGGACUCAAAUCCUGCAGUGCCAGACGUGUCCCCCUGCUUAAGCCAGUACAUGUCCAGGCCCGUCUGAAGUUUGCUAGAGUGCAUUUGGAGGAUCCAGAAGAGGAUUGGGAGAAUGUCAUAUGGUCAUAUGAAACCAAAAUAUAACUUUUUGGUAAAAACUCAACUCGUCGUGUUUGGAGGACAAAGAAUGCUGAGUUGCAUCCAAAGAACACCAUACCUACUGUGAAGCAUGGGGGUGGAAACAUCAUGCUUUGGGGCUGUUUUUCUGCAAAGGGACCAGGACAACUGAUCCGUGUAAAGGAAAGAAUGAAUGGGGCCAUGUAUCGUGAGAUUUUGAGUGAAAACCUCCUUCCAUCAGCAAGGGCAUUGAAGAUGAAACGUGGCUGGGUCUUUCAGCAUGACAAUGAUCCCAAACACACCGCCCGGGCAACUAAGGAGUGGCUUCGUAAGAAGCAUUUCAAGGUCCUGGAGUGGCCUAGCCAGUCUCCAGAUCUCAACCCCAUAGAAAAUCUUUGGAGGGAGUUGAAAGUCUGUGUUGCCCAGCGACAGCCCCAAAACAUCACUGCUCUAGAGGAGAUCUGCAUGGAGGAAUGGGCCAAAAUACCAGCAACAGUGUGUGAAAACCUUGUGAAGACUUACAGAAAACGUUUGACCUGUGUCAUUGCCAACAAAGGGUAUAUAACAAAUUAUUGAGAAACUUUUGUUAUUGACCAAAUACUUAUUUUCCACCAUAAUUUGCAAAUAAAUUCAUUACAAAUCCUACAAUGUGAUUUUCUGGAAAAAAAUAUUCUCAUUUUGUCUGUCAUAGUUGACGUGUACCUAUGAUGAAAAUGACAGGCCUCUCUCAUCUUUUUAAGUGGGAGAACUUGCACAAUUGGUGGCUGACUAAAUACUUUUUUCCCCCACUGUAUAUACAGUUGAAGUUGGAAGUUUACAUACACUUAGGUUGGAGUCAUUAAAACUCGUUUUUCUACCACUCCACAAAUUUCUUGUUAACAAACUAUAAUUUUGGCAAGUCGGUUAGGAUAUCACAAGUAUUUUUCCAAAAAUAGUUUACAGACAGAUUAUUUCACUUAUAAUUCACUGUAUCACAAUUCCAGUGGGUCAGAAGUUUACAUACACUAAGUUGACUGUGCCUUUAAACAGCUUGGAAAAUUCCAGAAAAUGAUGUCAUGGCUUUAGAAGCUUCUGAUAGGCUAAUUGACAUCAUUUGAGUCAAUUGUAGGUGUACCUGUAGAUGUAUUUCAAGGCCUACUUUCAAACUCAGUGCCUCUUUGCUUGACAUCAUGGGAAAAUCAAAAGAAAUCAGCCAAGACAUCAGAAGAAGAAUAAUUGUAGACCUCCACAAGUCUGGUUCAUCCUUGGGAGCAAUUUCCAAACGCCUGAAGGUACCACGUUCAUCUGUACAAACAAUAGUACGCAAGUAUAAACACCAUGGGACCACGCAGCCGUCAUACCGCUCAGGAAGGAGACGCGAUCUGUCUCCUAGAGAUUAACGUACUUUGGUGCGAAAAGUGCAAAUAAAUCCCAGAACAACAGCAAAGGACCUUGUGAAGAUGCUGGAGGAAAUCCAUCCACAGUAAAAUGAGUCCUGUAUCGACAUAACCUGAAAGGCCGCUCAGCAAGGAAGAAACCACUGCUCCAAAACAGCCAUAAAAAAGCCAGACUACAGUUUGCAACUGCACAUGGGGACAAAGAUCGUACUUUGUGGAGAAAUGUCCUCUGGUCUGAUGAAACAAAAAUAGAACUGUUUGGCCAAAAUGACCGUCGUUAUGUUUGGAGGAAAAAGGGGGUUGCUUGCAAGCCGAAGAACACCAUCCCAACCGUGAAGCACGGGGGUGGCAGCAUCAUGCUUUGGGGGCGCUUUGCUGCAGGAGGGACUGGUGCACUUCACAAAAUAGAUGACGCCAUGAGGAAGGAAAAUGAUGUGGAUAUAUUGAAGCAACAUGUCAAGACAUCAGCAAGGAAGUUAAAGCUUGGUCGCAAAUGGGUCUUUCAAAUGGACAAUGACCCCAAGCAUAUUUCCAAAGUUGUGGCAAAAUGGCUUAAGGACAACAAAGUCAAGGUAUUGGAGUGGCCAUCACAAAGCCCUGACCUCAAUCCUAUACAAAAUUUGUGGGCAGAACUGAAAAAGCGUGUGCGAGCAAAGAGGCCUACAAACCUGACUCAGUUACACCAGCUCUGUCAGGAGGAAUGUGCCAAAAUUCACCCAACUUAUUGUGGGAAGCUUGUGGAAGGCUACCCGAAACGUUUGACCCAAGUUAAACAAUUUAAAGGCAAUGCUACCAAAUACUAAUUGAGUGUAUGUAAUCUUCUGACCCACUGGGAAUGUGAUGAAAGAAAUAAAAGCUUAAAUAAAUUGUCACGCCCUGGCUCUAGGGACUCUUUUAUGUUGAGCCAGGGUGUGUAGAGUCUAUGUUUUGUGUUCAUUGUUUCAGUUUCUAGUUCAUGUGUUUCUAUGUUGGCCGGGGUGGUCCUCAAUCAGAGGCAACGUGAAUCAGCUGUUGCUUGUUGUCUCUGAUUGGGAACCAUACUUAGGCAGCCGUUUGGCACUUGUGUUUUGUGGGAUCUUGUUCCGUGUUGGUUUGUGUAUGUACCCAAGGACUUCACGUAUCGUUUUGUUGUUUUUGUUCGUGUGGUGAAUAUAAUAAUAAAGUAUGUUCGCAUUCCACGCUGCGCAUUGGUCCAAUCCUUUCGACGAUCGUGACAUAAAUAAUUCUCUCUACUAUUAUUCUGACAUUUCACAUUCUUAAAAUAAAGUGGUGAUCCUAACUGACCUAAGACAGGGAAUCUUUACUUGGAUUAAAUGUCAGGAAUUGUGAAAAAACUGAGUUUAAAUGUAUUUGGCUAAGGUGUAUGUAAACCUCUGACUUCAACUGUAUAUAAAAAAAAUUCUUUACAAACGUAGUGCACUGGGCCUUUACUGGGAUUAGCGGACCAAUGUAGAUGUCUGUAGUGACGGCAAACUUUUUUUUUCAGCAUCUCCACUUUGGCAAAAAACGUAGUUGUAUAAUUAAGAACAGUAUCUUGCAGGAUUCAAUAGUUGGAAUUGUAAGAGUUGUUGCCCUGUCCCUUUCUCUGUGAUUGUCAUUCUAAUGGAAUCCAGAAAGAAAAAAAAACUGUCCUCAAACAUUUACAUCAAAAGGUGCAAAGUUAUGAGCAAAAACACAAGACAUCCUCAUCCCAUUAAAUAUUGUUCUUGAUCAAAUAACAUGGAAAACAACCACAGUAUUCAUUUACCAUCCUACAAACCACCUAAUGUAAAUGUACAUUACUGUUUUGUACUUUCAAUCACCAUGAAGAUAAACAAUGCACAAUACAGUAAUUGAGUACAUUGAGGAAUCAAGUGGUUUGUGAUGAUGUGAUGAUGUAGCUCAGUUGGUAGAGCAUGGCACUUGCAAUGCGAGGGUUAUGCGUUUGAUUCCCACGGGGGACUAGUAUGAAAAUGUAUGUACUCACUACUGUAAGUUUCUCUGGGGGCCUCCCGAGUGGUGCAGUGGUCUAAGGCACUACAGACCCAGGUUCGAUCCCAGGCUGUUUCGUGACCGGGAGACCCAUGAGGCAGUGCACAGUUGCUUGGUUGUAAUUGAGACAUGAAUCCAACAUAUCAAUUAUUAUUUUGUAAACAAACUGGAAUUAAAGCCAGACUCAGUGGCACAGAUGGAGCUAUCCAAGCAGCAGAAACGUCUCCUUCAAAUGUUGAUAUUUGGUUGCGUUGACAAACAAACACAAUUCAAUAUCACUUUUGCAAUAUGGUAAAUAGCCUAUUAACUUGUCAACAAGUUAACAAAUGAUAUGUUGAAUUCACAUCUCCAUCUCAACCAAAAAUACAAGUUAAAGAAAUAAAAUAAUAGGAUUAAGCCAGGGGCUCAGAUCUAACUAUCCAAGCAGUAGAUACAUAUUUUUUUAAUGUUGAUAUUUGGUUGCGUUGUCAACUAAACACAAUUCAAUAUUACUUUUGUAAGACAGUAAAUACCCUAAAACUGAUGUACUGUAUGUAGCAGUAUUUAUUCAACUUUAAAAUGAGUAAGACAUCCAUGGCCACAUUUUGAGGUUACUGUAACAAUACAUGUAUUCUUAUGUAAUCAUAAAAUGAGUGCAUGUUUAGGGUCACAGGUCUGUGGAAAUCUUCACAUUUGCUAUAAUAAUCUGUACAGAAUCUGAAACGGCAUUGAUCAUUUGCAACAUGUACAUUAAUGUAAUAUUAACUGCUAAACAGGUCAUUUGGUUGUGCUACUAGAUUAACAACAGUGAUAACACAUUAAGUUGUUAUAAACAAAAUAUCUGACAUUGUAUUGCCAUUUGAACUUUUUUGUGCUUUUAAAUGGUUGAAAGAGCAGUGAUAACACAUUCAGGUGACAUCUAAACCAAAAAUCCAACAUUGACUUUCCAUUGGAAUUUGGUUGUGCUUUUAGAUGGUUGAAAGCAUAGUGAUAACACAUUGGUAAUUCAAUAAACUUUUGGCAGUCUUUUUUGAGUGGGUGAAAUAGGUUGGAAUCUCAUUGAUCAACGUAUCUACAAAAUAUUACCCAAUUCUCCAUGUUGAAAUGAAAUGGUGUGCCCAGUGGGUGUGAUGGUAGCGCUUGUCAUGUUUACUCCAGGCAAGAUGAAAUUAUGGGAGCUCAACACCUUUAUUGAUUGUCUGUCUUUCAUCUCCUUCUCCAUCUACGUUUUAGUUCUAACGAUAACCACAUUAAAGAGUGAGGUGGUCAACCUACAGAGAAUGCUGUCAGCCCUCAGUCAGUCUACCGCAGCACAGAUAAUUCGUAAGUGACAUCUCUAUUCACAAUUUUAUGUGAUUCAAGUUACUUCUCUUUUACGUAAAAGUAUUCGUUUAUCAGGUGGUCCUUUUCCUUUUCAUAUCUCUGGUAGGGCUCGAGAAGCAGUUGGAGGAAAAGAAGAAGCAGUUGGCCAAGCUGAUUGAGCAGAGUGGAAAGGGUGAUGAACAGACUAAGUGGAUCCGUCCCCCUGACACAGUUUCCUUCAGGAGACAAACAUUUUUUAUUUGUAAUGUCUGACAGUUACCCAGAAUUAAUUUAUAUCUCAUUUUUCAUUUCAGGUCCAAAAAUGUCAAACCUUGAGAAUCAAAUAAGUGAAAUAGAAAAGAGAAUAGCAGAGCUAAAAGAAUCAAAUCCUGAAGCCAAGAUCACUGGUAAUAUCAUUAAAACUGUGUCAUACAGUGAGGGAAAAAAGUAUUUGAUCCCCUGCUGAUUUUGUAUGUUUGCCCACUGACAAAGACAUGAUCAGUCUAUAAUUUUAAUGGUAGGUUUAUUUGAACAGUGAGAGACAGAAUAACAACCAAAAAACCCAGAAAAACGCAUGUCAAAAAUGUUAUUAAUUGAUUUGCAUUUUAAUGUAGGAAAUAAGUAUUUGACCCCUCUGCAAAACAUGACUUAGUACUUGGUGGCAAAACCCUUGUUGGCAAUCACAGAGGUCAGACGUUUCUUGUAGUUGGCCACCAGGUUUGCACACAUCUCAGGAUGGAUUUUGUCCCACUCCUCUUUGCAGAUCUUCUCCAAGUCAUUAAGGUUUCGAGCCUGACGUUUGGCAACUCGAACCUUCAGCUCCCUCCACAGAUUUUCUAUGGGAUUAAGGUCUGGAGACUGGCUAGGCCACUCCAGGACCUUAAUGUGCUUCUUCUUGAGCCACUCCUUUGUUGCCUUGGCUGUGUGUUUUGGGUCAUUGUCAUGCUGGAAUACCCAUCCACGACCCAUUUUCAAUGCCCUGGCUGAGGGAAGGAGGUUCUCACCCAAGAUUUGACGGUACAUGGCCCUGUCCAUCGUCCCUUUGAUGCGGUGAAGUUGUCCUGUCCCCUUAGCAGAAACCCCCCCCAAGCCUAACGUUUCCACCUCCAUGUUUGACGGUGGGGAUGGUGUUCUUGGGACCACAACACUUACACCCAGUUCUCCUCUGAAUCAUUCAGAUGUUCAUUGGCAAACUUCAGACGGGCCUGUAUAUGUGCUUUCUUGAGCAGGGGGACCUUGCAGGCGCUGCAGGAUUUCAGUCCUUCACGGCGUAGUGUGUUACCAAUUGUUUUCUUGGUGACUAUGGUCCCAGCUGCCUUGAGAUCAUUGACAUGAUCCUCCCGUGUAGUUCUGGGCUGAUUCCUCACCGUUCUCAUGAUCAUUGUAACUCCACAAGGUGAGAUCUAGCAUGGAGCCCCAGGCCAAGGGAGAUUGACAGUUAUUUUGUGUUUCUUCCAUUUGCAAAUAAUCGCACCAACUGUUGUCACCUUCUCACCAAGCUGCUUGGCGAUGGUCUUGUAGCCCAUUCCAGCCUUGUGUAGGUCUACAAUCUUGUCCCUGACAUCCUUGGAGAGCUCUUUGGUCUUGGCCAUGGUGGAGAGUUUGGAAUCUGAUUGAUUGCUUCUGUGGACAGGUGUUUUUAUACAGGUAACAAACUGAGAUUAGGAGCACUCCCUUUAAGAGUGUGCUCCUAAUCUCAGCUCGUUACCUGUAUAAAAGACACCUGGGAGCCAGAAAUCUGUGUUUUUCUGUCUCUCACUGUUCAAAUAAACCUACCAUUAAAAUUAUAGACUGAUCAUGUCUUUGUCAGUGGGCAAACAUACAAAAUCAGCAGGGGAUCAAAUACUUUUUUCCCUCACUGUAUAUAUAAAUAAAGGGCUCUAUUCAAUCCGUAUUGUGGAAAUUCAGCGUUACAGCUUGAUUGAAAUUUAAAAGCAAUGUUCCGCGUUAGCAUUCAUGGUAAAUGCUGCAUCUGUCGGCUCAACCAGAAAUUACCUUUAGAUUUCUAGCGCGCAAUCUGUAUUGAUUUAGCGAUACAGAUUGAAAAGAGCCCAAAGUGUAAUUAAUUAUGAUGAAGUCAGAUUUCUCAGGUUGUGAUAUGACCUUUUAAAUUCCAUCUCUCAGAGCUGACAACACAGCUCAAGGAAAGGGAGAGGCAGCUUGAGGAGAAUAUAAAAAGACUGAAGAAGAAAGACAGCAACGAUUCUGACCUGAGUGAGUACACUAUAAUAACCUGAAAUAGCCAACAACUGUUUUAAUAUAGUGGACAUGCUGCUUAAAUUAUUUUUUUACCUGGUUCUCAACAGAACAAAGACUUAUCUAAAAGUUCCAUGAUACAGUUUAUUUAUUUAGUGCCACUUUAAAAUACUGUAACUCACAACUCUUUCCUUUUUUUGUACUCGUAGUUAUGCAAAUUCUUCAUCUACAAUGGAAACUCAGAGACAUACAAAAUGCUGCAUCUCAGCAAUUCAAUGAAACUGCUGCUGAUGUUAAUGGUGUGUUUGGACUUUAUCAAGCAUAAUAGAUAUAUCACAAUUUUGUUGAUUAUUUAAGAUAUCAUGAACCUAUUGAAAUAUGUCUCAUACACUCUUUGAAUAUGUACCUAAUAUAUGUAACAAUAUGUUAACAUUAGUGCUUGAAUUACAGCGCUUCAGGAACAACUAGAGGCCAGAGAGGAAGAGAGCGCCAGAUGUCAGGCCCAGAACAAAGGUAAGCCAAGAUCAGGUUCUUCUGAUAUUAGUCUGGUUCACCAGUUUGUGUAACUAGACGCUUGGUGAGCAUAGCUGCUUGAAUCACAACUACAGGUAAAGAAACAGAAGCACACAUCUCAUCAGUCUAAUAUUUUUUUCUCAAACCAGACCUGGAGAAGAGGCUGGGCGAUAAGGAUGCACAGUGCUCUGGACUCCAGGACAGAUAUGACAGUGAGCUUCACCCCUCUCUACCUUUUGCUGAUGACACUGAGUGAUCGACAUAAUAGAACCCUAUUCAAUAGAACCUAGUUAAAAGCUGAUUUGUAUUGGUCUCUCACAGGUCUGCAAGAUAAGCUUGGUGCUGCAAUGAAUAAACUGGACAAUGUAACUGGAUACAACGACAAACUCGGUGAGUGGAUAAAUGUACAUCAGUGCUCACAGAUGAAUGAGUCGAGUAGUCUCGUUACUCAGCUCAUUUCAAUGUGUUCUGUCAGUUCUUGAGGUAUGGACGCUGACUAAUGAGGUAGACGAUCUUAAGAAGAGAACUGUGACUUCUGCAGCUAAGAUCAAUGGUGAGUAUCCCUGUUGCCGCUCCUUAUUCAUAGCAAAUCAUGUUUGUUUCUAAAGACCUAGAUAUGUUGGCGUUGAUCCAGUCAUGAUUUUUCCUCGUCUUUCAGAGCUCCAGAAGUUGCUGGAUGAGAAGACCAAAGAACUGGCAAAGAAAACACAGGAAUUGGAGGAUAACGCUCCUCAACCAGAGAAUGGUGAGUUUUAUUUAGCCUUUGCCAUUAUAGAGUCUGUUUUCAGUUGAAUAGACAGCUUUUAUCAUUUAGGCCCAGCCUGCUCAGUAUUUCUCUGUAUAUGAUAUUCCUCAAAUUGUUAAGGUGUUUGUUUGUUGCAGUUCUAAGGAUCAUAGCAAUACAGAAUGAGAUAUUGAACCUGCAGAAAGGAGUUAGCAAUGGGACAAACUUUGACCAGAUUGCUGGUGAGUAGCAGGCGUUCUGAAGAACAUAGGAGUCACUGUGUGUUCAGCACGUAAGACCAAUACAAAUAGUUAUCAUGUUUCCUCAAAGGGAUAGUCCUUCACUGGUAGACAUAUAGGAUGGUGUGAUGGAAAUACACUGGAUUUUGCCCAUUCAUGGAGUUUUACAAUCCCAUUAUGCUUGUAACAUUCAAGCUCUUCAAUUAUUCUUGUCCACAGCGCUUGAGAAUGAACUGGAUGAAUUGAUUGCCACAAUCGAGGAGAAGAACAAUGGAAACUGUAAACAAAGUGAGUUUGAAAAGCCUAAUCAUUUCUGGGUUGGCUGCUAUCAUGAGAUGAAUAUUCUACUUUACUUAAUGUUGAAUGUUGUGACAUCCUGCAUCUCCCUGCUCAUUUAGUUCUGCAGAUAAUUUCACUCCAAAAUCAAGUCACAAGAUUACAGAGGCAAGAAUUAGAGUUCAUUCAGACAUCUGAGGCCAAGAUUGCUGGUGAGUGCUAUUGUAAUUUUUCUUUAUCCUCAGUAAUAGUCUUAAAGUCACGCUGGAGAGUUUAUUAUCCUUAUAUUCACCACUAAGAGCUUUUUGUAGGCAUACCGUGUAAUAGAAAACUUUGUGGUGGAAAGAGGAGAACAUUUGAAAUAAUGUUUGUGUCUCAUAGAGCUAGAGAAUCAACUACAGGAGACGAGAGACCAGCUGAAUGAAAAGAAAGAGGAGCUGAAAGAAACAGGCAGUAGAAUUCCACAACUCAGUAAGUUGUCAAGCAUGUUUCCAGGAGUUUAUCUAGAAUCUAGAAGUCAAUAAUUUCUACAUUUUUUGGAAACUGACAUCUAUUUCUGAAUGCUUCAUCCAGAGUGGCGUGCUUUUCUUUUUUAGCUGCAGAGAUCAUGGGACUUCGUAACAAAGUGACAGAGUUAGAGAGAACAUUAUCAGAGCUCAAACAGACAAGUGCUGACAAGAUCGAAGGUAAUUUGUGCUUCAUUGAAAUACUAUUGAAAGUCUUGUUGCGUUGAUUCAAAUAAAACAUUUUGUUUAAAGUGGACGCUAUCUUAACACAGGGGAGAUUAUAAUUGGUAAGAUACAGUGCAGUCGGAAAGUAUUCAGACCCCUUCACUUUUUCCACAUUUUGUUACGUUGCAGCCUUAUUCUAAAAUUGAUUCAAUACAAAACAUUCCUCAUCAAUCUACACACAAUACCCCAUAAUGACAAAGAGAAAAAAAAAAAAAAAGAUUUUUUUUCAAAUGUAUUCAAAAUAAAAAACAUAACCACCUGAUUUACAUAACUAUUUAGACCCCUUCCUAUGAGACGCAAAAUUAACCUCAGGUGCAUCCUGUUUCCAUCGAUCAUCCUUGAGAUGUUUCUACAACUUGAUUGGAGUCCACCUGUGGUAAAGUCAAUUGAUUGGACAUGAUUUGGAAAGGCACACACCUGUCUACACUACCGGUCAAAAGUUUUAGAACAGCUACUCAUUCAAGGGUUUUUCUUUAUUUGUACUAUUUUCUACAUUCUAGAAUAAUAGUGAAGACAUCAAAACUAUGAAAUAACAGAUAUGGAAUCAUGUAGUAACCAAAAAAGUAUAUUUUAUAUUUGAGAUUCUUCAAAUAGCCACUCUUUGCCUUGAUGACAGCUUUGCACACUAUUGGCAUUCUCUUAGCCAGCUUCAUGAGGUAGUCACCUGGAAUGCAUUUCAAUUAACAGGUGUGCCUUCUUAAAAGUUAAUUUGUGGAAUUUAUUUCCUUCUUAAUGCAUUUGAGCCAAUCAGUUGUGUUGUGACAAGGUAGCCCUAUUUGGUAAAAGACCAAGUCCAUAUUAUGCCAAGAACAGCUCAAAUAAGCAAAGACAAAUAACAGUCCAUCAUUACUUUAAGACAUGAGGGUCAGUCAAUACCGAACAUUUCAAGAACUUUUAAAAUGUCUUUAAGUGCAGUCGCAAAUGCCAUCAAGCGCUAUGAUGAAACUGGCUCUCAUGAGGACCGCCACAGGAAAGGAAGACCCAGAGUUACCUCUGCUGCAGAGGAUAAGUUCAUUAGAGUUACCAGCCUCAGAAAUUGCAGCCCAAAUAAAUGCUUCACACAGUUCAAGUAACAGACACAUCUCAACAUCAACUGUUCAGAGGAGACUGUGUGAAUCAUGCCUUUAUGGUUGAAUUGCUGCAAAGAAACCACUACUAAAGGACACCAAUAAGAAGAAGAGACUUGCUUGGGCCAAGAAACACGAGCAAUGGACAUUAGACCGGUGGAAAUUUGUCCUUUGGUCUGGAGUCCAAAUUUGAGAUUUUUGGUUCCAACCGCAUGUGUAUUUCCCACCGUAAAGCAUGGAAGAGGAGGUGUUAUUGUGUGGGGUGCUUAGCUGGUGUGGGGGUGCUUUGCUGGGGACACUGUCUGUGAUUUAUUUAGAAUUCAAGGCACACUUAACCAGCAUAGCUACCACAGCAUUCUGCAGCGAUACGCCAUCCCAUCUGGUUUGGGCUAUAAUUUGUUUUUCAUCAAGACAAUGACCCAACACUCCUCCAGCCUGUGUAAGAGCUAUUUUACCAAGAAGGAGAGUGAUGGAGUGCUGCAUCAGAUGACCCGGCCUCCACAAUCCCCCGACCUCAACCAAAUUGAGAUGGUUUGUGAUGAGUCGGAUCGGAGAGUGAAGGAAAAGCAGCCAACCAGUGCUCAUCAUAUGUGGGAACUCCUUCAAGACUGUUGGAAAUGCAUUCCAGGUGAAGUUGGUUGAGAGAAUGCCGAGAGUUUGCAAAGCUGUCAUCAAGGCAAAGGGUGGCUAUUUGAAGAAUCUCAAAUAUAAAAUAUAUUAAGAUUUGUUUAACACUGUUUUGGGUACUACAUUAUUCCACAUGUGUUAUUUCACAGUUUUGAUGUAUUCACUAUUAUUCUACAAUGUAGAAAAUAGCAAAAAUAAAGAAAAUCCCUUGAAUGAGUAGGUGUUCUAAACAUUUUGACCGGUAGUGUAUAUAAGGACCAACAGUUGACAGUGCAUGUCAGAGCGAAAACCAAGCCUUCAGGUCGAAGUAAUUGUCCGUAGAGUUCCGAGACAGGAUUGUGUCGAGGAACAGAUCAGGGGAAGGGUACAAAAACAUUUCUGCAGCAUUUAAGGUCCCCAAGAACACAGUGGCCACCAUCAUUCUUAAAUGGAAGAAGUUUGGAACCACAAAGACUCUUCCAAGAGCUGGCCGCCGGACCAAAUUGAGCAAUCGGGGGAGAAGGGCCUUGGUCAGGGAGGUGACCAAGAACCCAUAGUCACUCUGUAAGAGCUCCAGAGUUCCUUUGUGGAGAUGGGCGAACCUUCCAGAAGGACAACCAUCUCUAUAGCACUCCACCAAUCACGCCUUUAAGGUAGAGUGGCCAGACGGAAGCCACUCCUCAGUAAAAGUCACAACACAGCCCACUUGGAGUUUGCCAAUAGGCACCUAAAGGACUCUCAGACAAUGAGAAACAAGAUUCUCUGGACUGAUGAAACCAAGAUUGACCUAUUUGGCCUGAAUGCCAAGUGCCAUCUCUGGAGGAAACCAGGUACCGCUCAUCACCUGGCCGAAACCAUCCCUACGGAAAAAGCAUGGUGGUGGCAUUAUCAUGCUGUGGGGAUGUUUCUAAGCGGCAGGGACUGGGAGACUAGUCAGGAUCGAGGGAAAGAUGAACAGAUCAAAGUACAGAGAGAUCCUUGAUGAAAACCUGCUCCACAGCGCUCAGGACCUCAGACUGGAGCAAAGGUUUACCUUCCAACAGGACAACAACCCUAAGCACACAGCCAAGACAACGCAGGAGUGGCUUCGGGACAAGUCCCUGAAUGUCCUUGAGUGGCCCAGCCAGAGCCCGGACUUAAACCCGAUCUAACAUCUCUGGAGAGACCUGAAAAUAGCUGUGCAGCGACGCUCCGCAUCCAACCUGAAAGAGCUUGAGAGGAUCUGCAGAGAAGAAAAAGAGAAACUCCCCAAAUACAGGUGUGCCAAGCUUGUAGCGUCAUACCCAAGAAGACUCGAGGCUGUAAUCGCUGCCGAAGGUGCUUCAACAAAGUACUGAGUAAAAGGUCUGAAUACUUAUGUAAAUGUAAUAUUUCAGUUUUAAAAAUAUAUAUUUGCAAACAUUUCUAAAAACCUGUUUUUGCUUUGUCAUUAUGGGGUAUUGUGUGUAGAGUUUUUGAAUAAGGCUGUAACGUCACAAAAUGUGUAAAAGGUGAAGGGGUCUUUCCUCCUCAGAGCUACAGAGUCUACUGAAGCAGAAGAGCAAGCAGCUUGAAGACAACACUACACAACUGAGGGCUGUGGAUGCCAAAAAUGCACAACAGAGUAUGUUAACAAGAGUAGUUAUUAGAAGUCAUUCAACAUUUAUAAUCUUCUAAAAAGUCGAAUACCAUUAUAUGAUGUUAGUGUUGAAUUACACAGUGCCUUUUUGUUCUGUUCUUUCAGUUCUGAAGAUCAUUGAACUCCAGAAACAAAUGAAUGAGAUACGGAUUGAAGCUUCAAAAGAUGAAACUGCAGCAGAAAUCUCUGGUUUGUCUAUUUUGUCUCAUGUUCCACUUAUGUAUAAUCAUCAAAAUAUCACAGGUUGAAUAGUGUUAAAAAUGGGUUUUGAGAAAUUGUUAUGUAUAGUCAUCAUGAUGUAACGAAUAUAUGUAGCAAUAUGCUAACAUUAGUGCUUGAAUUACAGCGCUUCAGGAACAACUACAGGCCAGAGAGGAAGAGAGCGCCAGAUGUCAGGCCCAGAACAAAGGUAAGCCAAGAUCAGGUUCUUCUGAUAUUAUAUACAGCCCUCCUGUAGCUCAGUUGGUAGAGCAUGGCGCUUGCAACGCCAGGGUUGUGGGUUCAAUUCCCACGGGGGUCCAGUAUGAAAAAUGUAUGCACUCACUAACUGUAAGUCGCUCUGGAUAAGAGUGUCUGCUAAAUGACUAAAAUGUAAAAAUGUAAUAUUAGUCUGGUUCACCAGUUUGUGUAACUAGACGCUUGGUGAGCAUAGCUGCUUGAAUCACAACUACAGGUAAAGAAACAGAAGCACACAUCUCAUCAGUCUAAUAUUUCUUUCUCAAACCAGACCUGGAGAAGAGGCUGGGCGAUAAGGAUGCACAUAUCCAGGACAGAUAUGACAGUGAGCUUCACCCCUCUCUACCUUUUGCUGAUGACACUGAGUGAUCGAAAUAAUAGAACCCUAUUCAAUAGAACCUAGUUAAAAGCUGAUUUGUAUUGGUCUCUCACAGGUCUGCAAGAUAAGCUUGGUGCUGCAAUGAAUAAACUGGACAAUGUAACUGGAUACAACGACAAACUCGGUGAGUGGAUAAAUGUACAUCAGUGCUCACAGAUGAAUGAGUUGAGUAGUCUUGUUUAUUUUUCUGAUUCAGAAAACUACUCCGCUCAUUUCAAUGUGUUCUGUCAGUUCUUGAGGUAUGGACGCUGACUAAUGAGGUAGAUGAUCUAAAGAAGAGAACUGUGACUUCCGCAGCUAAGAUCAAUGGUGAGUAUCCCUGUUGCCGCUCAUUAUUCAUAGCAAAUCAUGUUUGUGGUAACAUUACAAGUAUUAUCCACAUGCGUUUCAAUGUUUUUUGCCUUUACUUGUAAACUACAAAAUAAAGGGGUACAGCCCUGUACAAACGGUAGAAAGCAGGAGAGCGAAAAACCCAACUCAACAUUAGGUAGUGUCCCUUUGAAUACUGAGCCAACUCUUGGUGAUGACAUCACAUGAGGGUAAAGGUCACAGUCAACACCAAUGUCCAUAAUAACCAUGCUCCCAUGAAUAGUAAUAAUACUAUACUGCAGUUAAGUCCACCACCUAUUCAGUAAGAAUUAUUCAUAUACAGUUGAAGUUGGAAGUUUACAUACACCUUAGCCAAAUACAUUUAAACUCAGUUUUUCACAAUUCCUGACAUUUAAUCCUAGUAAAAAUUCCCUGUCUUAAGUCAGUUAGGAUCACCACUUUAUUUUACGAAUGUGAAAUGUCAGAAUAAUAGUAGAGAGUGACUUAUUUCAGCUUUUAUUUAUUUCAUCACAUUCCCAGUGGGUCAGAAGUUUACAUACACUCAAUUAGUAUUUGGUAGCAUUGCCUUUAAAUUGUUUAACUUGGGUCAAACGUUUCGGGUAGCCUUCCACAAGCUUCCCACAAUAAGUUGGGUGAAUUUUGGCACAUUCCUCCUGACAGAGCUGGUGUAACUGAGUCAGGUUUGUAGGCCUCCUUGCUCGCACACGCUUUUUCAGUUCUGCCCACAAAUUUUGUAUAGGAUUGAGGUCAGGGCUUUGUGAUGGCCACUCCAAUACCUUGACUUUGUUGUCCUUAAGCCAUUUUGCCACAACUUUGAAAGUAUGCUUGGGGUCAUUGUCCAUUUUUAAGACCUAUUUGCGACCAAGCUUUAACUUCCUGACUGAUGUCUUGACAUGUUGCUUCAAUAUAUCCACAUCAUUUUCCUUCCUCAUGAUGCCAUCUAUUUUGUGAAGUGCACCAGUCCCUCCUGCAGCAAAGCACCCCCACAGCAUGAUGCUGCCACCCCCGUGCUUCACAGUUGGGAUGGUGUUCUUCGGCUUGCAAGCAGCCCCCUUUCUCCUCCAAACAUAACGAUGGUCAUUAUGGCCAAACAGUUCUAUUUUUGUUUCAUCAGACCAGAGGACAUUUCUCCAGAAAGUACGAUCUUUGUCCCCAUGUGCAGUUGUAAGCCAUAGUCUGGCUUUUUUAUGGCGGUUUUGGAGCAGUGGCUUCUUCCUUGCUGUGCGGCCUUUCAGGUUAUGUCAAUAUAGGACUCAUUUUACUGUGGAUAUAGAUACUUUAGUACCUGUUUCCUCCAGCAUCUUCACAAGGUCCUUUGCUGUUGUUCUGGGAUUGAUUUGCAAAUUUUGCACCAAAUUACGUUCAUCUCUAGGAGACAGAACGUGUCUCCUUCCUGAGCGGUAUGACGGCUGCGUGGUCCCAUGGUGUUUAUACUUGCGUACUAUUGUUUGUACAGAUGAACGUGGCACGGUACCUUCAGGCGUUUGGAAAUUGCUCCCAAGGAUGAACCAGACUUGUGGAGGUCUACCAUUUUUUUCUGAGGUCUUGUCUGAUUUCUUUUGAUUUUCCCAUGAUGUCAAGCAAAGAGGCACAGAGUUUGAAGGUAGGCCUUGAAAUACAUCCACAGGUACACCUCCAAUUGACUCAAAUGAUGUCAAUUGGCCUAUCAGAAGCUUCUAAAGCCAUGACAUCAUUUUCUGGAAUUUUCCAAGCUGUUUAAAGGCACAGUCAACUUAGUGUAUGUAAACUUCUGACCCACUGGAGUUGUGAUACAGUGAAUUACAAGUGAAAUAAUCUGUCUGUAAACAAUUGUUGGAAAAAUUACUUGUGUCAUGCACAAAUUAGAUGUCCUAACCGGCUUGCCAAAACUAUAGUUUGUUAACAAGACAUUUGUGGAGUGGUUGAAAAACGAGUUUUAAUGACUCCAACCUAAGUGUAUAUAAACUUCCGACUUCAACUGUAGUUCCACACUAUAACACUUCUCCCCCCUUCAUUUCAAUCCCCCUGUGAAGAAAAUACAUUAAGUAUACAAGACAACAACUAAACAACAACAGUGUUUCCUCUUCUUUUUUCACAAUACUUUAGAACUUGUACUAGUGUUACUGCAACUGUAAACAAACAAAGACCACAGAUAUUUUUCUUUCAACUACAGUCGUGGUCAAAAGUUUUGAGAAUGACACAAGUAUUGGUCUUCACAAAGUUCGCUGCUUCAGUGUUAUGAGAUAUUUUUGUCAGAUGUUACUAUGGUAUACUGAUGUAUAAUUUCAAGCAUUCCAUAAGUAUCAAAUGCUUUUAUUUACAAUUACAUUAAGUUUAUGCAAAGAGUCAAUAUUUGCAGUGUUGACCCUUCUUUUUCAAGACCUCUGCAAUCCGCCCUGGCAUGCUGUCAAUUAACUUCUGGGCCACAUCCUGACUGAUGGCAGCCCAUUCUUGCAUAAUCAAUGCUUGGAGUUUGUCAGAAUUUGUGGGUUUUUGUUUGUCCACCCGCCUCUUGAGGAUCGACCACAAGUUCUCAAUGGGAUUAAGGUCUGGGGAGUUUCCUGGCCAUGGACCCAAAAUGUUGAUGUUUUGUUCCCUGAGCCACUUAGUUAUCACUUUUGUCUUAUGGCAAGGUGCUCCAUCAUGCUGGAAAAGGCAUUGGUCGUCACCAAACUGUUCUUGGAUGGUUGGGAGAAGUUGCUCUCAGAGGAUGUGUUGGUACUAUUCUUUAUUCAUGGCUGUGUUCUUAGGCAAAAUUGUGAGUGAGCCCACUCCCUUGGCUGAGAAGCAACCCCACACAUGAAUGGUCUCAGGAUGCUUUACUGUUGGCAUGACACAGGACUGAUGGUAGCGCUCACCUUGUCUUCUCUGGACAAGGUGUUUUCCGGAUGCCCCAAACAAUCGGAAAGGGGAUUCAUCAGAGAAAAUGACUUUACCCCAGUCCUCAGUAGUCCAAUCCCUGUACCUUUUGCAGAAUAUCAGUCUGUCCCUGACGUUUUUCCUGGAAAGAAGGGGCUUCUUUGCUGCCCUUCUUGAACCAGGCCAUCCUCCAUAAGUCUUCGCCUCACUGUGCGUGCAGAUGCACUCGCACCUGCCUGCUGCCAUUCCUGAGCAAGCUCUGCACUGGUGGUGCCCCGAUCCCGCAGCUGAAUCAACUUUAGGAGACGGUCCUGACGCUUGCUGGACUUUCUUGGGCGCCCUGACGCCUUCUUCACAACAAUUGAACCUCUCUCCUUGAAGUUCUUGAUGAUCCGAUAAAUGGUUGAUUUAGGUGCAAUCUUACUAGCAGCAAUAUCCUUGCCUGUGAAGCCCUUUUUGUGCAAAGCAAUGAUGACGGCACGUGUUUCUUACUAAAUCAGCAUGACAGAGUGAUCUCCAGCCUUGUCCUCGUCAACACUCUCACCCGUGUUAACGAGAGAAUCACUGACAUGAUGUCAGCUGGUCCUUUUGUGGCAGGGCUGAAAUACAGUGGAAAUGUUUUUGGGGGAUUAAGUUAAUUUUCAUGGCAAAGAGGGACUUUGCAAUUCAUUGCAAUUCAUCUGAUCCCUCUUCAUGACAUUCUGGAGUAUAUGCAAAUUGCCAUCAUCAAAACUGAGGCAGCAGACUUAGUGAAAAUUAGUAUCUGUGUCAUUCUCAAAACUUUUGACCACGACUGUAUGUCUACUGUUCAAAAAUUAACACCAUGAGUCUCCUAGUCUCAACUAUAGAGUCAGUCUGUCAGGAGACUUGUGACUACGCUGUGAUCUGCGCAGUAUUCCUGGUGUCCCACUAGGGUCUGAGGGCAUAGGAGUGGGUCAGGUGUUUGUAAGAGACAGUCCAUCACCCUCUCUGGAGCCACUGAAUGCCCUGUUCCUCCGAGAUGUUCCCUGUGUGUUUCAACUUCUGAUAGCCCCGGUUACACCUACGAGCUGUUCCAAUUGCGGAGGUGCUCCUCCGUUCUUAAGGAUUACCACAUGCGUUUCAAUGUUCAUUGCCUUUACUUGUAAAUUACAAAAUAAAGGGGUACAGCCCUGUACAAACAGUAGAAUACAGAAGAGCUAAAUACCCAACUCAACAUUAGGUAGUGUCCCGUUGAAUACUGAGCCAACUCUGGGUGAUGACAUAACAGGAGGAUAAAGGUCACGGUCAACACCAAUGUCCAUAAUAACCAUGCCCCCAUGAAUAGUAAUAAUACUAUACUGCAGUUAAUUUAUAUAGUGUCUGCACUAUAACAAUGUUUGUUUCUAAAGUUCUAGAUAUGUUAGCCUUGAUCCCGUCAUGGUUUUUCCUCGUCUUUCAGAGCUCCAGAAGUUGCUGGAUGAGAAGAUCAAAGAACUGGCAAAGAAAACACAGGAACUGGAGGAUAAUGCUCCUCAACCAGAGAAUGGUGAGUUUUAUUUAGCCUUUGCCAUUAUAGAGUCUGUUUUCAGUUGAACAGACAGCUUUUACCAUUUAGGCCCAGCCUGCUCAGUAUUUCUCUGUAUAUGAUAUUCCUCAAACUGUUUAGUUUUUUUUUUCAGUUCUAAGGAUCAUUGCAAUACAGAAUGAGAUCUUGAACCUGCAGAAAGGAUUUACCAACGGGACAAACUUUGACCAGAUUGCUGGUGAGUAGCAGGUGUUCUGAAGAACAUAGGAGUCACUGUGUGUUCAGCACGUAAGACCAAUACAAAUAGUUAUCAUGUUUCCUCAAAGGGAUAGUCCUUCACUGGUAGACAUAUAGGAUGGUGUGAUGGAAAUACACUGGAUUUUGCCCAUUCAUGGAGUUUUACAAUCCCAUUAUGCUUGUAACAUUCAAGCUCUUCAAUUAUUCUUGUCCACAGCGCUUGAGAAUGAACUGGAUGAAUUGAUUGCCACAAUCGAGGAGAAGAACAAUGGAAACUGUAAACAAAGUGAGUUUGAAAAGCCUAAUCAUUUCUGGGUUGGCUGCUAUCGUGAUUUGGAUAUUCUACUUUACUUCAAAUGUUGAAUGUUGUGACAUCCUGCAUCCCCCUGCUCAUUUAGUUUUGCAGAUCAUUGCACUCCAAAAUCAAGUCACAAGAUUACAGAGGCAAGAAUUAGAGUUCAAUCAGACAUCUGAGGGCAAGAUUGCUGGUGAGUGCUAUUGUAAUUUUUCUUUAUCCUCAGUAAUAGUCUUAAAGUCACGCUGGAGAGUUUAUUAUCCUUAUAUUCACCACUAAGAGCUUUUUGUAGGCAUACCGUGUAAUAGAAAACUUUGUGGUGGAAAGAGGAGAACAUUUGAAAUAAUGUUUGUGUCUCAUAGAGCUAGAGAAUCAACUACAGGAGACGAGAGAACAGCUGAAUGAAAAGAAAGAGGAGCUGAAAGAAACAGGCAGUAGAAUUCCACAACUCAGUAAGUUGUCAAGCAUGUUUCCAGGAGUUUAUCUACAAGUCAAUAAUUUCUACGGUUUCUGAAUGCUUCAUCCAGAGUGGCGUGCUUUUCUUUUUCAGUUGCAGAGAUCAUGGGACUUCGUAACAAAGUGACAGAGUUAGAGAGAACAUUAUCAGAGCUCAAACAGACAAGUGCUGACAAGAUCGAAGGUAAUUUGGGCUUCAUUCAAAUACUAUUGAAAGUCUUGUUGGGUUGAUGCAAAUACAAAAUUGAGUUUAAAGUGGACGCUAUCUUAACACAGGGGACAUUGUAAUUGGUAAGAUAUAAAAUGUACAGUGCAUUUGGAAAGUAUUCAGACCCCUUGACUUUUUCACAUUUUGUUAUGUUACAGCCUUAUUCUAAAAUUGAUUAAAUAACUAAAAAUCCUCAUCAAUCGACAGACAUUACACCAUAAUGACAAAGCAAAAACAGGUUUAGACAUUUUUGCUAAUUUCUUACUAAUAAAAAACAGAAAUACCUCAUUUACAUAAGUAUUCAGACCCUUUGCUAUGAGACUCAAAAUUGACCUCAGGUGCAUCCUGUUUCCAUUAAGCAUCCUUCAGAUGUUUCUACAACUUGAUUGGAGUCCACCUGUGGUAAAUUCAGUUGAUUGGACAUGAUUUGGAAAGGCACACAACUGUCUAUAUAAGGACCCACAGUUGACAGUGCAUGUCAGAGCAAAGACCAAGCCAUGAGGUCAAAGGAAUUGUCCAUAGAGCUCUGAGACAGGAUUGUGUUGAUGCAAAGAUCUGGGGAAUGGUACCCAAACAUUUCUGCAGCAUUGAAGGUCCCCAAGAACACAGUGGCCUCCAUCAUUCUUAAAUGGAAGAAGUUUGGAACCACCAAGACUCUUCAUAGAGCUGGCCACCUGGCCAAACUGAGCAAUCGGGGGAGAAGGGCCUUGGUCAGGGAGGUGACCAAGAACCCAAUGGUCACUCUGACAGAGCUCCAGAUUUCCUCUGUGGAGAUAGAGAACCUUCCAGAAGGACAACCAUCUCUGCAGCACUUCACCAAACAGGCCUUUAUGGAAGAGUGGCCAGACGGAAGCCACUCCUCAGUAAAAGACACAUGACAGCCUGCUUGGAAUUUGCCAAAAGGCACCUAAAGGACUCUCAGACCAUGAGAAACAAGAUUCUCUGGUCUGAUGGAACCAAAAUUGAACUCUUAGGCUUGAAUGUCAAGCGUCACGUCUGGAAAAACCUGGUGUAACCAACUUCAUAUACAGUGGGGAAAAAAGUAUUUAGUCAGCCACCAAUUGUGCAAGUUCUCCCACUUAAAAAGAUGAGAGAGGGCUGUAAUUUUCAUCAUAGGUACACGUCAACUAUGACAGACAAAAUGAGAAAAAAAAAUCCAAAAAAUCACAUUGUAGGAUUUUUAAUGAAUUUAUUUGCAAAUUAUGGUGGAAAAUAAGUAUUUGGUCAAUAACAAAAGUUUCUCAAUACUUUGUCAUAUACCCUUUGUUGGCAAUGACACAGGUCAAACGUUUUCUGUAAGUCUUCACAAGGUUUUCACACACUGUUGCUGGUAUUUUGGCCCAUUCCUCCAUGCAGAUCUCCUCUGGAGCAGUGAUGUUUUGGGGCUGUCGCUGGGCAACACGGACUUUCAACUCCCUCCAAAGAUGUUCUAUGGGGUUGAGAUCUGGAGACUGGCUAGGCCACUCCAGGACCUUGAAAUGCUUCUUACGAAGCCACUCCUUCGUUGCCCGGGCGGUGUGUUUGGGAUCAUUGUCAUGCUGAAAGACCCAGCCACGUUUCAUCUUCAAUGCCCUUGCUGAUGGAAGGAGGUUUUCACUCAAAAUCUCACGAUACAUGGCCCCAUUCAUUCUUUCCUUUACACGGAUCAGUCGUCCUGGUCCCUUUGCAGAAAAACAGCCCCAAAGCAUGAUGUUUCCACCCCCAUGCUUCACAGUAGGUAUGGUGUUCUUUGGAUGCAACUCAGCAUUCUUUGUCCUCCAAACACGACGAGUUGAGUUUUUACCAAAAAGUUCUAUUUUGGUUUCAUCUGACCAUAUGACAUUCUCCCAAUCCUCUUCUGGAUCCUCCAAAUGCACUCUAGCAAACUUCAGACGGGCCUGGACAUGUACUGGCUUAAGCAGGGGGACACGUCUGGCACUGCAGGAUUUGAGUCCCUGGCGGCGUAGUGUGUUACUGAUGGUAGGCUUUGUUACUUUGGUCCCAGCUCUCUGCAGGUCAUUCACUAGGUCCCCCCGUGUGGUUCUGGGAUUUUUGCUCACCGUUCUUGUGAUCAUUUUGACCCCACGGGGUGAGAUCUUGCGUGGAGCCCCAGAUCGAGGGAGAUUAUCAGUGGUUUUGUAUGUCUUCCAUUUCCUAAUAAUUGCUCCCACAGUUGAUUUCUUCAAACCAAGCUGCUUACCUAUUGCAGAUUCAGUCUUCCCAGCCUGGUGCAGGUCUACAAUUUUGUUUCUGGUGUCCUUUGACAGCUCUUUGGUCUUGGCCAUAGUGGAGUUUGGAGUGUGACUGUUUGAGGUUGUGGACAGGUGUCUUUUAUACUGAUAACAAGUUCAAACAGGUGCCAUUAAUACAGGUAACGAGUGGAGGACAGAGGAGCCUCUUAAAGAAGAAGUUACAGGUCUGUGAGAGCCAGAAAUCUUGCUUGUUUGUAGGUGACCAAAUACUUAUUUUCCACCAUAAUUUGCAAAUAAAUUCAUUAAAAAUCCUACAAUGUGGUUUUCUAGAAUUUAUUUCUCAAUUUGUCUGUCAUAGUUGACGUGUACCUAUGAUGAAAAUUACAGGCCUCUCUCAUCUUUUUAAGUGGGAGAACUUGCACAAUUGGUGGCUGACUGAAUACUUUUUUCCCCCACUGUAGUCACCCAGAAGAAAGACACACAGACACCCACACUUCAGGUUGACUUGGAUUUUAUCUGCAGUAAAAGAUAUCAAACCGUGAUGACAGGGAUUGACAGGACAGUCACAGCUACACAUUCACUGUUUAGGUAGGACACGAGAUAUAUUUUAGAUAGGAGCAACAGUAAUAAUACAUGCCCUCAAUGUGAUGUGACAUCAAUCCAUAAAUACAGAGCACAAGUACAACCGUUUUUAUACAAACCUUUUAAGGUAGUAAGAAAAUAAACAUUCACUUAAUAUUUCAACAAAUUACCUGCUAGCAAUAGCUAGUGUGACAUUACAGUGACGGUGACUGACGGUGCUAGUUAGCGCGUCAUUAACAUGGCUAGCUAAGCCAACAAAAACUUGGUUAACUUGCCGAAAUAGGCUUUAAAUACAUUAACGGCAACAUAAAUAUAUACAUAGUCACAUUCGCUAUUGACUUUAAGAUAUAUGAACCCGUUUUCAAAAGACACAAUUGUGUUAUACAGUUUUAAACAGUUUAUAAUGUACAAAGGAAGGCGACACAAACCUGCUCUCAGAAUAUCUCUCUCAGACUGAAGAGCAGCCAGACCAACUUUCCAAAUAGGGGAGAAGCACUCAAAACUCACUAGUUGUUCUUUCAAGGAAAAUAAUACAAAAAUGGUGAGUCUGAAGACCUCUCGUAUUGCCAACCUUAAUGCAAUGGCAGCAAAUAUUUUUAUGAAUUCGACAACACAUAAUGAAAGGAAACUUAUUUAUAUCACACCUUUUUCUGAAGUGAAUAGUUGCACACGCUACUCUGCAUGCAAACUGUGGUGGUCUUUGGUAUCUACAUUGCACGCAGUGCGAGCGAGGUUGAUGGAAACUCUAAGAUUUUCACUUCGUCACAGUGGCACCAUCCCUACGGUAAAGCUUGGUGGUGGCAGCAUCAUGCUGUGGGUAUGUUUUUAAGCGGCAGGGACUGGGAGACUAGUCAGGAUCGAGGGAAAGAUUAACGGAGCAAAGUACAGAGAGAUCCUUGAUGAAAACCUGCUCAUCAACGCACCUUCCAAUAGGACAACGACCCUAAGCACACGGUCAAGACAACGCAGGAGUGGCUUCGGGACAAGUCUCUGAAUGUCCUUGAGUGGCCCAACCAGAGCCCGGACUUGAACAUGAUCGAACAUCUCUGGAGAGACCUGAAUAUAGCUGUGCAGGACGCUCCGCAUCAGACCUGACAGAGCUUGAGAGGAUCUACAGAGAAGAAAGGGAGAAACUCCCCAAAUACAGGUGUGCCAAGCUUGUAGCGUCAUACCCAAGAAGACUGUAAUCGCUGCCAAAGGUGCUUCAACAAAGUACUGAGUAAAUGGUCUGAAUACUUAUGUAAAUGUGAUAUUUCCGUUUUUUAUUUUUAAUACAUUUGCAAACAUUUCUAAAAACCUGUUUUUGCUUUGUCAUUAUGGGGUAUUGUGUGUGUAGAUGAGGGUAAAAACUAUUUAAUCAAUUUUAGAAGGCUGUAACAUAACAAAAUGUGGGAAAAGUCAAAGGGUCUUAAUACUUUCUGAAUGCACUGUAAAUAAAUGUCUUUCCUCCUCAGAUAUACAGAGUCUACUGAAGGAGAAGAGAAAACAGCUUGAAGACAACACUACACACCUGAGGGCUGUGGAUGCCAAAAACGCAGAACAAAGUAUGUUGACAAGAGUAUUUAUAAAAUAAUAAUUAAACAUUUAUAAUCUUCUAAAAAGUUAAAUACCAGUAUUUGAUGUUAGUAUGAAAUUACACAGUGACUUUCUGUUCUGUUCUGUUCUUUCAGUUCUGAAGAUUAUUGAACUGCAGAAACAAAUGAAUGAGAUACGGAUGGAAGUUUCAAAAACUAAAGAUGAAACGGCACAAGACAUCUCUGGUUUGUCUAUGUCUCAUAUUCCAUUUACAGUUGAAGUCGGAAGUUUACAUACACUUAGGUUGGAGUCACUAAAACUCAUUAAAACUCAUUUUUCAACCACUCCACAAAUGUCUUGUUAACAAACUAUAGUUUUGGCAAGUCGGUUAGGACAUCUACUUUGUGCAUGACACAAGUAAUUUUUCCAACAAUUGUUUACAGACAGAUUAUUUCACUUAUAAUUCACUGUAUCACAAUUCCAGUCCCAGAACAACAGCAAACAGGUACAAAAGUAUCUAUAUCCACAGUAAAACUAGUCCUAUAUCAACAUAACCUGAAAGGCCGCACAGCAAGGAAGAAGCCACUGCUCCAAAACCGCCAUAAAAAAAUCCAGACUAAGGUUUGCAACUGCACAUGGGGACAAAGAUCUUACUUUUUGGAUAAAUGUUUGCCCAUAAUGACCAUCGUUAUGUUUGGAGGAAAAAAGGGGGACUUGCAAAAAGAAGAACACCAUCCCAACCGUGAAGCACGGGGGUGGCAGCAUCAUGCUGUGGGGGUGCUUUGCUGCAGGAGGGACUGGUGCACUUCACAAAAUAGAUGGCAUUAUGAGGAAAGAAAAUUAUGUGGAUAUAUUGAAGCAACAUCUCAAGACAUCAGUCAGGAAGUUAAAGCUUGGUCGCAAAUGGGUCUUCCAAAUGGACAAUGACCCCAAGCAUACUUCCAAAGUUGUGCCAAAAUGGCUUAAGGACAACAAAGUCAAGGUAUUGGAGUGGCCAUCACAAAGCCCUGACCUCAACCCUAUAGAAAAUGUGUGGGCAGAACUGAAAAAGUGUGUGCGAGCAAGGAGGCCUACAAACCUGACUCAGUUACACCAGCUCUGUCAGGAGGAAUGGGCCAACAUAUUGUGGGAAGCUUGUGGAAGGCUACCCAAAACGUUUGACCCAAGUUAAACAAUUUAAAGGCAAUGCUACCAAAUACUAAUUGAGUGUAUGUAAACUUCUGACCCACUGGGAAUGUGAUGAAAGAAAUAAAAGCUGAAAUAAAUCAUUCUCUCUACCAUUAUUCUGACAUUUCACGUUCUUAAAAUAAAGUGGUGAUCCUACCUGACCUAAGACAGGGAAUUAUUACUAGGAUUAAAUGUCAGGAAUUGUGAAAAACUGAAUUUAAAUGUAUUUGGAUAAGGUGUAAAUAAACUUCCAACUUCAACUGUGUGUAUAAUUAUCAAAAUCUCACAUGUUGAAUAAUGUUAAAAAUAAAUGGAUUUGAGGGAAAUGUUGCAUGUAUAGUCAUUAUGAUGUACCGAUUAUAUGUAGCAAUAUGCUAACGUUAGUACUUGAAUUACAGCGCUUCAGGAACAACUACAGGCCAGAGAGGAAGAUAGCGCCAGAUGUCAGGCCCAGAACAAAGGUAAGCCAAGAUCAGGUUCUUCUGAUAUUAGUCUGGUUCACCAGUUUGUGUAACUAGACACUUGGUGAGCAUAGCUGCUUGAAUCACAACUACAGGUAAAGAAACAGAAGCACACAUCUCAUCAGUCUAAUAUUCUUUUCUCAAACCAGACCUGGAGAAGAGGCUGGGCGAUAAGGAUGAACAGUGCUCUGGACUCCAGGACAGAUAUGACAGUGAGCUUCACCUCUCUCUACUUUUUGCUGAUGACACUGAGGGAUCGACAUAAUAGAACCCUAUUGAAUAGAACUUAGUUAAAAGCUGAUUUGUAUUGGUCUCUCACAGGUCUGCAAGAUAAGCUUGGUGCUUCACUGAAUAAACUGGACAAUGUAACUGGAUACAACGACAAACUUGGUGAGUGGAUAAAUGUACAUCAGUGCUCACAGAUGAAUGAGUCGAGUAGUCUCGUUACUCAGCUCAUUUCAAUGUGUUCUGUCAGUUCUUGAGGUAUGGACGCUGACUAAUGAGGUAGACGAUCUAAAGAAGAGAACUGUGACUUCUGCAGCUAAGAUCAAUGGUGAGUAUCCCUGUUGCCGCUCAUUAUUCAUAGCAAAUCAUGUUUGUUUCUAAAGAUAUGUUAGCGUUGAUCCCGUCAUGAUUUUUCCUCAUCUUUCAGAGCUCCAGAAGUUGCUGGAUGAGAAGAUCAAAGAACUGGCAAAGAAAACACAGGAACUGGAGGAUAAUGCUCCUCAACCAGAGAAUGGUGAGUUUUAUUUAGCCUUUGCCAUUAUAGAGUCUGUUUUCAGUUGAACAGACAGCUUUUACCAUUUAGGCCCAGCCUGCUCAGUAUUUCUCUGUAUAUGAUAUUCCUCAAAUUGUUAAGGUGUUUGUUUGUUGCAGUUCUAAGGAUCAUAGCAAUACAGAAUGAGAUCUUGAACCUGCAGAAAGGAGUUAGCAAUGGGACAAACUUUGACCAGAUUGCUGGUGAGUAGCAGGCGUUCUGAAGAACAUAGGAGUCACUGUGUGUUCAGCACAUAAGACCAAUACAAAUAGUUAUCAUGUUUCCUCAAAGGGAUAGUCCUUCACUGGUAGACAUAUAGGAUGGUGUGAUGGAAAUACACUGGAUUUUGCCCAUUCAUGGAGUUUUCCAAUCCCAUUAUGCUUGUAACAUUCAAGCUCUUCAAUUAUUCUUGUCCACAGCGCUUGAGAAUGAACUGGAUGAAUUGAUUGCCACAAUCGAGGAGAAGAACAAUGGAAACUGUAAACAAAGUGAGUUUGAAAAGCCUGAUCAUUUCUGGGUUGGCUGCUAUCGUGAUUUGGAUAUUCUACUUUACUUAGGUUCGUUAAAGGAAUUAUCCUCCUAAAACCACUAAUUCUUAUGAUUUACGAUGUUAAAUAACUCUAAUAUGCGAGAACAAAUGUUUUUUGUUUACACAUUUUUCACUUUGUCAAGAUUGGGAGCAACAUCUGAAAAUCGUUGAAAUCUUUUACAGCUAAAUUGACUACAAAACUCACAAUCCAGUGCUCUCUCGCUCUGUUCAAGCUUGCUAGUUAGCUAGCUAUGUAGCUAGCUAGCAAACGUAGUUACACACAAUAAUACCAAUGUCAAUAUCAGCAUGUGAAGUAUCUAGCUAGCUGUAAAAUCGCAGAAACAAACUGCACUAUCAAUUAAGGAGUGUAUAUUUUCACCAUGUUCAACGUGGUAGUCUCGUGUGUCUCUCGUAUGCCUCUGUAACUUUCUUGAUUCAUUUAGGAUUAUCCAUAAUCAUGGUAGCAUCCACAUUAAUGUAAAAGUGUUUCGAGACAUAUUAUAUUCUUAUUUACAAUAAAAGCAACUCCAAAAUAACACAAUACAUUAAUUAAUUAAUUAAUUUCUGUUGGGCACAAAAUAAUCUGAAACACAACCAAAACAAACCUCAAAUGCAUCCAACAAGUUUGUAGAGUCACAAGCUUGAUGUAAUCAUUGCGUGCUAGGAAUAUGGGACCAAAUACAAAACUUUUCACUACUUUAAUACACAUAAGUGAAUUUGUCCAAAUACUUUUGGUCCCCUAAAAUGGGGGGACUAUGUACAGAAAGUGAUGUAAUUUUUAAAUGGUUCACCAGAUAUGGAUGAAAAUACCCACAAUUUAAAGCUGACAGUUUGUACUUUAACCUCAUAGUCAUUGUUUCAUUCCAAAUCCAAAGUUCUGGAGUACAGAGCCAAAACAACCACAAAACGUGUCACUGUACAUACUUUUGGAGCUCUCUGUAUCUCUAAUGACGAGAACCAUACCAUGAUGAUGUAGUACAUCACAUUUCAUUUCAGGGUGAAUUAUCCCUUUUAAAUUGGGAGAAUUAUGAAGGUAACAAUUGUUGAAUGUUGUGACAUCCUGCAUCCCCCUGCUCAUUUAGUUCUGCAGAUCAUUGCACUCCAAAAUCAAGUCACAAGAUUACAGAGGCAAGAAUUAGAGUUCAACCAGACAUCUGAGGGCAAGAUUGCUGGUGAGUGCUAUUGUAAUUUUUCUUUAUCCUCAGUAAUAGUCUUAAAGUCACGCUGGAGAGUUUAUUAUCCUUAUAUUCACCACUAAGAGCUUUUUGUAGGCAUACCGUGUAAUAGAAAACGUUGUGGUGGAAAGAGGAGAACAUUUGAAAUAAUGUUUGUGUCUCAUAGAGCUAGAGAAUCAACUACAGGAGACGAGAGAACAGCUGAAUGAAAAGAAAGAGGAGCUGAAAGAAACAGGCAGUAGAAUUCCACAACUCAGUAAGUUGUCAAGCAUGUUUCCAGGAGUUUAUCUACAAGUCAAUAAUUUCUACGGUUUCUGAAUGCUUCAUCCAGAGUGGCGUGCUUUUCUUUUUCAGUUGCAGAGAUCAUGGGACUUCGUAACAAAGUGACAGAGUUAGAGAGAACAUUAUCAGAGCUCAAACAGACAAGUGCUGACAAGAUCGAAGGUAAAUUGGGCUUCCUUAAAACACUAUUGAACGUCUUGUUGGGUUGACGCAAAUAAAGAAUUGAGUUGAAGUGGAUGCUAUUUUAGCGGUAGACUCAGCGAUAUGACGUUGAUGCAGAAAGUACAUUUCCACAACAACUAAAAUCGUUGAAGCGUAAGGCUUAACUUCUCCGCUGUUUUGGUGUCCUGGCUACAACGCUGUGAACAGCGUGAAGCGAAACCGAGCACAGGCGCAGAUAAUGUGUGAGAACGAAGCGUUGCAUCUCGCUCAUCUCAACAUCUCUUGUGCUGCUCGUGGCAACUUCAUUUCGCAGUCUACCUUUAUUUAACACAGGGUAGAGUAUAAAUGGUAAGAUAUAUAAAUGUCUUUCCUCCUCAGAGCUACAGAGUCUACUGAAGCAGAAGAGCAAGCAGCUUGAAGACAACGCUACACAACUGAGAGCUGUGGAUGCCAAAAAUGCAGAACAGAGUAUGUUGACAAGAGUCAUUUUUAGAAGUCAUUCAACAUUUAUAAUCUUAUAAAAAGUUGAAUACCAGUGUUUGAUGUUAGUAUUGAAUUACACAGUGCCUUUUUGUUCUGUUCUUUCAGUUCUGAAGAUCAUUGAACUCCAGAAAGAAAUGAAAGCCAUACGAACGGAAGCUUCAAAAGCCAAAGAUGAAACUGCAGCAGAAAUCUCUGGUUUGUCUAUUUUGUCUCAUGUUCCACUUAUGUAUAAUCAUCAAAAUAUCACAUUGAAUAGUGUUAAAAAUACAAGGGUUUGGGGAGUCGUUCUGUCUAUAGUCAUUAUGAUUCAUUUUGCUUUCCUUCAACCCAGAGCUACAGAAACAACUUAAAGCCAAGGAGAAGCUGAAUUCAAGACUGGACUCCAGAAAUAGAGGUGUGACACACAGGUCCCUGAAAGCCUUUCUGGUCAUCUUGGGGGGAAAUAUUUGAACUUCUCUCUUUCAUCUCUUUUUAGAGCUGGAGAAAUUACAGAAGGAAAUGAAAAUGGAAUGUGAUGAAAUCCAGCACAGGUGCAAUGGUGAGAUUUUCAUUGUACUUCGUUAACAGUUUCAAUAGAUGUAAAUGAUUUGCUGAAUGUGGUGUACUGAACAACAUGUAUCACCCAGAGGUACAGCGACAAAACGAUCAAAACCAAGAGGACUUGCUUAAACUGCAGCAGCAAUUGCGAGAGAAGGAGGCAGCCUUCAAUAGACUGCAGCAGCAACUCAGAGACAGCAAGGAUGACAAUGCCAGACUACAGGGGAUAAAUAAGAGUGAGAUAUUCGUAUUAUCAGCGACCAAUCAAUAGGACAGUGAUUAUAAUGUAAACCAAACACUGAACAUGUAAAAGAGUUCAACAAUAGCCUUCAAUACUGCAAAUAAUUUUGAGGAGUUGUCUCGUUUGUUGUCUCAAGCUAUUUCUCUCUCGCCCCUCCUUUCACUCUAUAAAGGUUUGCAAGACGAGAAUGACAAACUCAAGAUGAAUUUACAAGGUAAGAUGUGUCUUUUUACCUUUGUCAGACAAAAACAUGUCAAGGCUUUUAUUGUGAAUUAAUACAAUGUCUUUGGGUUGCACUCUUCUCUUAGAUCUUCAGGUCGAUCCAGAAACGAUUGUCCAUAGCUGUAAGUCUGGAAGAUAAUUGACAUAUCAACAUUGAAUGGAUGUACAUGUGUGAAGCAUAUUGCAUGAAUGUCUGGCUCUGUGCAGUAGAGACUAUUACUAUAUCCAUUCCUCUCUACCCACAGCUAAGGUGGCCUUAGACCCGGACACAGCCCAUCCUAAAAUCAUUCUGUCACUGGAUGAGACAGAAAUGUCUGUAGCACAACAGCGACGUAAUGUCCCCAACAAUCCAGGGCGGUAUGACUUGUCUCUUGCUGCUCUUGGAAAGACUGGGUUUAACAGGGGGAGAAAUUACUGGGAGGUUGAAGUGGCUGGGAAGACAUGUUACAACAUCGGAGUUGCCAGCGGAUCAGCUAAUAGGAAGGGGCAGCUGAAACUAAAACCAGCAGAUGGCUACUGGACCAUGAUCUUGACGAAACAAGGUGCGCUCAAAGCCCUUGCAGCUCGUCCACUUGACAUUCAGCUGUCUGCACUCCCCCAGAAGUUUGGAAUACUAUUGGACUACAAGAAGGGAGAGGUCUCUUUCUACAAUGCAGAUACCAGGUCUCUUCUCCAUACAUUCACAGGCAAUAGAUUCACGGAUAAACUAUAUCCAUUCUUCAAUACCUGUCUGGAGACUAAUGAUGAGGAUGCUCCGAUUGUCUUAACUCGUGUUGGCUCAGUGUCAUGGAUACAGUAGAGAUAUUGCAUUUGACAUCAAAUUAAUUUCAGUAUAAAAUCUUCACGUAGAAUCAUCUUUAAAAAUGUAAUCAUUUCUGUGGUGUUGAUUCAAGAUUAUGUUAUUUCAAUUAUGCAUUUUCAAUCAUUCAACAAAUAAAAUAUGGCACCUGAUCUAUGAAAUAGCAUUUUAUUUCUGGCAUUGUAGAAAACUGCUCAAGAUCAUUACAGAAGUAUAAGCAUUCCCACUGGUAACAGAAUUGGCCCUGGUCUCUCACACUUAUUUAUCUACCUCUAGUCUACACUCACUCCAUUUUACCUGAACACAGCUGUGGUGUAACUGCACUGAGAGAAGAGCAAAGGGUUGAUCAAUAAGGAUAUUACAUCUAUCCAUUAGUUUGGUAAUUGAGAAUUAAAUGAAUAUGUUCACCUUAUUCAGUCCAUGUCUUCUCCUGUACUACCCACAAGUAUGUCAUCAACAGAAUAUGUAUCAAUACUAUAAGGGCUUUCUCAUACUUUACUAGAUUCAUCUCAGCCCUAGCCAGAAAAAAUGAUUUUACAUUUAUAUUUUAGUCAUUUAGCAGACGCUCUUAUCCAGAGCGACUUACAGGAGCAAUUAGGGUUAAGUGCCUAGCUCAAGGGCACAUCGACAUUUUUCACCUAGGGGCACAUCAAAAAUGUUCACCUAGUUGGCUCGGGGAUUCGAACCAGCGACCUUUCAGUUACCGGCCCAACGCUCUUAACCACCCCCCCGUUCUUCACUGUCUCCACACAUAUGCUUCCCCAUGUACCACUCCAACUUUACUUGUUUCUAUCUGUCUACCACCCACGCAUUGUCUAUCCAUUCUACACCCUCUUCUCCCGUAUCCCUCAAUCCCUGCCUGCUGUCCCAGCUACACCUCUGUAGAAGUGGGCAACAAAGAUCGGGUCCCUCUCUUCUAGAAUGUGCAGGAAACUGUUCCUCUCCUCCUCACUCCAUGACUCAAACCAUUGGGUCCAGAGGCGCAGUUGGCACUCAAAGAUAUUUGGUGGGCUGUCCUUAACCUAGAAUCAGAAAGGAACAGAUGGUGGUGAGGGUUUCAGUGCAAAUGAGAUCAACAUGACUGUUACAUUACUAGUAACUGGAGUAACUGGUAUCUGGAGGACAAACCAUUACAUAAUUGUAAUAGCAAGAUGGGUUGUACCUGUAGCGUAUUGAGCGACUCGAGGAGGGUACACACUUUCCCUGGCACAGCUUUCCCCAACAGGUCCUGCAGAAACCGUUCCCUCUGGGCAGUGCCCCAGCUCAGGAACCAGCUCAAUACACAACGCUGCUCCUGAAGAGUUACAUAGGAGAGUGGCAGGGGCUCUCUGCCUGCCGCUGAGUUCAGAGAGGUACAAGAUAGGUUCUCCAAGCUGGGAGGCACUAAACCCUGUGGUACUGACGGAAAGUCUGCCUGGCUGGGUGAAGACGAACUGGACUGUGCGCAGAGCCAACCCUGUCCAGCAGUGUUAG